AUGAACGGGGGCGAGCUCGCCUCCUUGGUGCGUGGCGCCCUUCAACUCCCGCCAGGAGCGGCCGACGUGGCCGAGGUGAGCGAAAAUGGCUCCGGCAAGACCUACCGGGUCUGUGCGGGCGGCACGACUGUGGCCCUCCGGCUGACCCCGCCUGAUGAGCGCGACUGCUUCUUCACACGCCGAAUGCAAGCUGCAGCGAGGGCGUUCGCCGGCGCCGGCCUCGGCCCACGGCCCAUUGCUGAGGGCGAUGGCCCCAAUGGUGGCGGGUGGUGGGUGGAGGAGUGGGGCGGCUCGCGGUCCUUGCCUUGGACCUCGAGAGAGGAAUACGCUGCUAUGGGCCGGCUGCUCGCUAGGAUGCAUGCGGUGCCGACAGAGUGGUUCGAUGCCAGCCGCGCCGAGGCGGUACGGCGGUGGCCGCUGCUUGGGCGCGUGACGGCGGGGAGCCAUGCCUGGGUGGGUCUUGCGUGGGGCCUAUGGGAGGACGAACAGCUCUUUAUCGACUGGGCGCAACUUUCCGGCGCGCUCGCGCCGGAGCACCCGGCGGCGCGGCGCGUCGUGACAACGCACGGCGAUGUCCACCCGGGCAACGUGUUGCAGUCUGGCCUCGUCGUCGACUUUGAGAACAGCUGCGUCUGCAGCGCGAUCUAUGACCUUGCCUUUGUUGUGCCCAGCUUCGUGACGGGCGAAUCCGAGGCGGCGGCUGCGCGCGCCUUUGUGGAGGGCUACCUCGCGGCGGGCGGGUGGGAAGCGGCGGGCUGGGCGGCGGAGGCGGCCGUCGACCUCUUGCUGACCGACUGCAUGCUAUACGGCUUUUUGCUCAAGGAGUGCGGCAGCCUCUUCUGGACCAACUUUUUUGAUGGCGAGCGCACAGACGCGGCGAGCGCGAGAGCGCACCUGCAGGCAUGCGAGCGCUUCGCGGCGGGCGUGCGCGCCGGCGGGGCGGCGGCGCACCGCGCCGUUGCGCGGGGUGGAGGGCCUGAGUGGGAGGGCAAGGCAUGGCCGUGCCGGCGCGUGUGCGACGAGGCGGCGCCUGUGUGCGGUGACCAGUGCCGUGACGAAAUCUGA